AUGCCCCGCCAAGAGGUUCACUUUCCCACCUACGAUGGGCUGCAGCUAGCCGGAACACUUUACAAUGCUGGAGAGAAACGCCCAUGUAUCAUCAUGUCCAAUGGAUUCUCUGGACUACGGUCACAGUUCCUUCCUAACUUUGCGGAGCGUUUUCAAGCUGCGGGUUAUACCGUCCUUCUUUACGACAACCGUACUUGGGGGGAAAGCGAAGGCAUGCCUCGUAAUGAGGUCGACCCUGUUCUCCAAACCCGAGACUACUACGACGCUUUCAAUUACGCCAUUGCCCUCCCGAGCGUGGAUCCCAAAGAGGUUGUCUACUGGGGAAGCAGCAUGUCUGGUGGGAAUGCUCUUGUUGCCACUGCCGUUAACAAAUGUGUAAAGGGUGUUAUCUGCCAGGUGCCAUUUGUUUCUACGGAGCCCAUGAUUCCGGUAUCCGCUGCGCUUUGCGAAAUUUUGCUCCAGGAUCGCGCCAACAUUAUUCAGGGGAAGGAACCUUUGAUGGGACCUGUCAUACCUGCCUCGCGAGAGGAUGUCCUUAGCGGUGUGACCCAAGCCAUACUGAAGGAUGUCAAUGCGGUCGAGUUCGUAGAAGAGCUAGAUCGACAGAACAUACUAUGGGAGAGAAUGGUUUCGCUUCAAAGUCUCCUCCAUGGUGUUACUCAGGAACCCGGCGCUGUUAUCAAGCGCGUCGCUCCUCGGCCGCUGCUCAUGAUCGUGGCUGAUCAGGACGUGACCUGCCCAGUGCAAUUCCAGCUGUCUGUCUUUAAUGAAGCGCUCCCCCCAAAGAAACUGCAUAUUAUCAGGGGUGCCUCUCAUUUUGACCCUUAUUAUGGCCAGGCGUUUGAAGAGAAUAUCGAGGCACAGUUAGAGUACUUGAGAGGUCUCUUCGAGUAA